GGGACGCGCGGAGAAGGCAGUAACUUUAAAGCCAGCUCAGAGCCCAGAACCUCCAGCCAAGCGGUUUGCAGCGCGGCGGCAGCGGCGGCGUUGAGUGUCUGGCCCGCCGGUCCGGUCGGGGUGUGCAGUAGGACGGACGAGCAGCGCGUCGCUGUCCCCCGGCGGCUGGAGAUGUCCGAGCCCAAGGCAAUUGAUCCCAAGUUGUCGACGACCGACAGGGUGGUGAAAGCUGUCCCAUUUCCUCCAAGUCACCGGCUUACGGCAAAAGAAGUGUUUGAUAAUGAUGGGAAACCUCGUGUGGAUAUCUUAAAGGCACAUCUCAUGAAGGAGGGCAGGCUCGAAGAGACUGUCGCAUUGAGAAUAAUAACAGAGGGGGCUUCAAUUCUUCGACAGGAAAAAAACUUGCUGGAUAUUGAUGCUCCAGUCACAGUUUGUGGGGACAUCCAUGGACAAUUCUUUGACUUGAUGAAACUCUUUGAAGUGGGGGGAUCUCCUGCCAACACUCGCUACCUCUUCUUAGGGGACUAUGUUGACAGAGGGUACUUCAGUAUCGAAUGUGUGCUGUAUUUGUGGGCUUUGAAAAUUCUUUACCCCAAAACACUGUUUUUACUUCGUGGAAAUCAUGAAUGUAGACAUCUAACAGAGUAUUUCACAUUUAAACAAGAAUGUAAAAUAAAGUAUUCAGAACGUGUAUAUGAUGCCUGCAUGGAUGCCUUUGACUGCCUGCCCCUGGCUGCCCUGAUGAACCAGCAGUUCCUGUGUGUACACGGCGGUUUGUCUCCAGAGAUAAACACUUUAGAUGAUAUCAGAAAAUUAGACCGAUUCAAAGAACCACCUGCUUAUGGACCUAUGUGUGAUAUCCUGUGGUCAGACCCGCUGGAAGAUUUUGGAAAUGAGAAGACUCAGGAACAUUUCACUCACAACACAGUCAGGGGGUGUUCAUACUUCUACAGUUACCCGGCUGUAUGUGAAUUCUUGCAGCACAAUAACUUGUUAUCUAUCCUCCGAGCUCACGAAGCCCAAGAUGCAGGGUACCGCAUGUACAGGAAAAGCCAAACAACAGGCUUCCCUUCUCUCAUUACAAUUUUUUCAGCACCAAAUUACUUAGAUGUAUACAAUAACAAAGCUGCAGUAUUGAAGUAUGAGAACAAUGUCAUGAAUAUCAGGCAAUUCAACUGUUCUCCUCAUCCAUACUGGCUUCCAAAUUUCAUGGAUGUUUUCACCUGGUCCCUGCCAUUUGUUGGGGAAAAAGUGACUGAGAUGCUGGUAAAUGUCCUCAACAUCUGCUCAGACGAUGAACUGGGGUCAGAAGAAGAUGGAUUUGAUGGAGCAACGGCUGCGGCCAGGAAGGAGGUGAUAAGAAAUAAGAUCCGAGCCAUCGGCAAGAUGGCCAGAGUGUUCUCGGUUCUCAGAGAAGAGAGUGAAAGUGUGCUGACGCUGAAAGGCCUGACGCCCACAGGCAUGCUCCCCAGCGGCGUGCUUUCUGGAGGGAAGCAAACCCUGCAAAGCGCUACUGUUGAGGCUAUUGAGGCUGAUGAAGCUAUCAAAGGAUUUUCACCACAACAUAAGAUCACUAGCUUCGAGGAGGCCAAGGGCUUAGACCGAAUUAACGAGAGGAUGCCGCCUCGCAGAGAUGCCAUGCCCUCUGACGCCAACCUUAACUCCAUCAACAAGGCUCUCGCCUCAGAGACUAACGGCACGGACAGCAAUGGCAGUAAUAGCAGCAAUAUCCAGUGACCACUUCCUGUUCACCUUUUUUUUUUUUUUUUUUUUUGAGCUGCAGGGCAUGAUGGGGAUGGCUGCGUAUCAGCAGUUGGAUAUUCUUGCCUCUGAUGGUAGCUUAUUUGCUCUGGGGCCAGGAGUUGGAUUCAGUUUACACUAUCAUUAAAAGAGGGAGAGAGAAUUAUAAACUAUAUUUUGGUGGGGGUGGUGAUUAAACACCUCUUUUGGGUAUGCCUUUUAAAAAAUGCUUAUAGGGAAAAAAAAUUUAAAAAGAAAGCUAAUGCUAGUAUAUACUGCAAUGUUAGGGGAAUGUACAUGUUUUCCUACUGCAUUGGGGGACUUCUAGAUAGGUUAACGAGAGGUCUUUUAUUAUGUUACUGGACACGAAAACUUUGUCUAAUUUCUUACUCUAUUGUACGUUUACAGUUGCAGCACUAAAAAUGGAUGACAUCAACCAUUUUUAACAAAAUGAUGUACAAACUAAAUAAGGACUAUUUAUUGAUAAUGUUUUGCUACUCUUGUCAGACAAUGGCUAUAAAAUGAAUUAGGCAGUCUUAAAAAAAAAAAAAAAAAAACAGAAAAAGAAAAAAAAAGAAUGUUGCAAAUUUGUUAAAAUGCCAAAAAGGACAGUUUAAUUUUGUACAGAUUAUGCUUACCUCAGGUUUCUUUAGUGUGCUUUGAAUGCCUUUCUUUCCA